CAAUAAAUCUUUAUCAUUUGUAGAGGAUCUGAGCUGUGAAUUAUGAAUCUAACUAAUAUUGAACUUGCAUGUGGUUGUGGGUGGAAUAGGUGAAGCAUUAACUAGAUUGGUGGCAGGAAUUGGAAUGGCUGCCGUUCAAUGAAAAAAGCUUCCAUUUGAUAACACAUUGGACUAUUCAUGCCAGAGAAAUACAAAUUGCAGGAUCAUUUAAGGCUACUUGGUCUAACUGCGGCAGUAAAUGCAAGAUCCAUUCAAAGAAAGUUCUUGUUGUUUUACGCACCAAGUUGUUCCAGCUAUUUGUCUGGCUAUGCUACAUUUUGCUUAACAGAAAUGCAAAGCAAGACACUUCCCCAUCUGCAUUAUCAGUGAAGACACAUGACUUCAAUUGCUGGUGAAGCUAGAUACCAAAUUUGAAUUGAGAAACUGCAAGAGACCAGCAUGUGACCAACACUUUCAACUUGGGCUGCAAAUAGACCUUGCUACUUUUAACGCAGCUUGGGCACCGAGUGGAAUCUCAAAUUUGGGAGAAGGUAUCAUUUUCCCUCAUGCUUAAGUUUGGAACCCUUCUUUCAUGCACUGCCCUAUAUAAUACAUUUGGUUUGAAAUUUUUACAUGGGUGAUGGGUGAAUUUAGUCAGAGAUUGGGUUGCCAGCAAAAACAUCUUAGAUACUUUUUCAAGGUUACUGGAUUGAAGGGCUCCCCGAGAAUGGCAAGAUCAUGUGGGAACUUCUGCGGUUUUUCCUUGCGCUCUCCUUUGGGGUGUGUGGAAACAAAAGAAUUCCUGCACUUUUCAGGAGGUUGUCUAUUCGCAAGACAAGACUCCUCAAGAUGAAACGCUGCUCUUAUAUUGGAUUGCAUAUCAAAGUGUACAUUAUAAUUGGGCUCUUGUAGUGAAUAGGUAAUAGUAAUCCCUUGUAAUUGUUCUUCAGUUGUGGUGUUGUCUCUUGGUUUUUACUGAGAUCAGCCACCAACAUCCCUUUUACUUCCCUAUCGCUCACUUCUUUGGGUAAUUUGGUGAGUCUGCUCUUGCUGCAUCUGAUAGGACCCCCCCGGUUUCUUUGUGCCUUCUUUUAUUUUAUAUAUGAGAUUCUUUGUUGUACUGAUUAAAAAAAAGCAGCAAAAUGUAGAAGGGAUUUUGCAUCCUCUCUGUUCCAUACAUUUUGGACAGCGAACCAAGCAAAAAAAAUUGUGCCUUGAGGUGGGUAUAUACGUUACCCAUAUGCUUUUUAUUAGGCAAGUUACUCACAGAAUGCUGUUAGUUAUCCACAAGUACCUCUCCCUUACCAGAGAUUUUGAUCCCAGUUUGCAAAGCUGUGUGUCAUCUUCCUCCAAUAGAAUCAGGUGAGUCUCCCAGAAUCUGCAAACAGUUUACAGAGUUCUUGUGUUUCUGAUCUAAUGGUUGUUGCUUAAGUUGUAUCUUCCAUCUUCCAUUGUCAAUUAGCUCCCCGUAUCGUGUCAUUUUAUUUGGAGCGUCGAAGGCGAAGUGGCGGUAUUUCAUUUAGCUUACAAAUAUUUAGUCCCACAUCAUAUAGAUUACUAAUUUCCCCGUGGUAUAUAUUCCGCAAGACCAGCGUUGCUAGCAUCGGAUUGAGCGUACAGGAUCUGUAAUUCAACCACGUAGUUCACAUCCUUGCGGGGAUGCCGAGCGACCAUAUAGCCCAGUGUUGACAGCACGCUUGAGCGCCAAGUUUCUUGUUUUUCAUUGGAAUCUGCUUCGUUUAUCGUCUCAGUUUUUGGGCUGCAGUUUUGUUGAUCCAGCGCCAACAUCGAGAUUACCGCUGCGUGGCCGGACAGUGAAGCUGGUUUAGGCUAGAGAACCGCAGAAAAAACUAGCUGAAGAGAUGAAUGGAUUGAGGAAUCUGUUGAAAGGCAAGGGCCUCGAGAUUGCGAAAGAAGCAAUUGAUCGAACCUUUUUAGUUGGGAAACUUCUCUGCUUUCUUCAUGUUACUAACACCUACAUCUGCAGUCCUGCUCUUGUGUAUGGUCCUAGUAUGCUCCCAACUUUUAGUCUAACUGGUGAUUUGGUUUUUGGGGAAAAGAUAUCACCUCGUUUAGGAAAGGUGAAUAAUGGAGAUAUAGUUCUUGUACGCUCACCUGAGAAUCCUAAAAAGACGAUUAAUAAGCGUAUUUUGGGCAUGGAAGGAAACCAUGUAACUUACUUGAUCGACCCGCAGAAUUCUGAGAAAUGUCGAACUAUUACGGUGCCAAAGGGACAUAUUUGGAUCCAAGGAGAUAACAUAUACGACUCUCAAGACUCACGCCAAUUCGGUCCUGUUCCGUACGGUCUUAUUCAAAGCAAGGUGUUUUGUAGGGUGAAGCAGGACAGGUGAAGCAUUAACUAGAGUGGUGGCAGGAAUUGGAAUUGCUUCCGUUUCAAUGGAAAAAGUUUCAAUCUGAUAAUGCAUUUGACUUGACAUGCCAGGGAGGUGCAAAUACAAUUCUUACAAAUUGCAGGAUCAAUGUAAGGCUACUUGGUCUAACUGCGGCAGUAAAUGCGAGAUCUAUUUCGCAGUUAGUCGCAAAUCAUCUUCAAAGAAGGCUCUUGUUGUUGGUCUCAAAUCAUCUGCAACACUCUUGUUUUUCUCACUAAGUUGUUCCAGCUGUUUGCCUGGCUAUGAUACAUUUUGCUUAGACUUA